AUGAGUAUUGGAAUUAGAGAACAGGAGCAAGAUACACGACAAAUCCUCUUCCAAUCACUAAUUAAAACUAUUCCACCAGAAGCUAUCAUGGAAGUAUGGCAUGUACAAGCAACUGGGACUAAAGGAAUAGGUCAUUAUGUGAUCCUGCUUAAUAAAGGAAUGCAUUUAUGUACUUGCCUUCUUUUAAUCAAUAAAGAGUUGAAUAAGAAUGUUCAGGAAGUAGAACUCUUUGCUGAUGUUAAUAAUCCAGCUAUUAUCAAGCACAAAGGACGGCCUCCAAAAAGAUUUAAGUCAAAUGUUGAAUUGUCUUCGUCUAAGGAAUCUAAUCGAGUAUUGAAAAAUAGUACACAGGUUAACAUAAUAGAUCAUGGUGUUAUAGAUAAAACAAAGGGGAGAAGGUGCGGGAAGUGUAAGCAGUAUGGACAUUACUCAAAGACGUGUCAAAACUAA